AUGACAUCCAAUACCCCAGAGAUAUUCACCGCAACCUCAGCGUAUUCCCUAGCUGGGGUGGCUGCCAUGGCCUUCAUUGCCACCACCGGCGCGAAGGUUUUACUGCCGAAGAAUGCACGCUGGCAGGAUUCGUUUACUUUCAUCUGGCUGACAUUUGAUGCAUUGAUUCACUUCUCUUUUGAAGGAUCGUUCCUAUACCUUUCGACUUUUGGCAGAACCGUAAACUCCAGCGUGGGGCCAUUUGCUGAAUUGUGGAAGGAGUAUACCCGUGCGGAUGCACGAUGGGGUGUUUCUGAUCCUACUGUUGUCUCCCUGGAGAUUUUGACGGUCCUAGGUGCGGCACCCAUGUGCUGCUACAUUAUAAGGCAAAUUGUUAAGGACGACCCUGCCCGUCACUAUUGGAUCAUCGUUUUGAGCACCGCUGAGCUGUAUGGCGGAUGGAUGACGUUCUGUCCGGAAUGGUUGACGGGAAGUCCAAGUUUGGAUACUUCUAACCCGCUCUACCUCUGGGUUUAUCUCGUCUUUAUGAACGUCAUCUGGGUAGUCAUUCCAGUCUGGCUGAUGUGGGAUUCAUACGGACACAUCGCUGGCUCACUGCGCCGUGCGCAGGCAGUCACAAAAACUAAAAAGAACUAA